CGCAACGCGCGUGCGUGUUGCUAAAUUUGAAACAUGAGAAUGGAUCUAUCAAAAUUUCUGUAAAAUAUUUUAGUGAUAGAAAUUAGGUAAAAAGUAUUUGAAAAAUUAGAAAUGUGAAAUUAUUAGUGAAAAAUUAAACUUCGUCCGCAUAUCACCGGCGAAGAAAAAGGCCUUUAGUCUCCAUAUGUAUCAUCAGAAAUCUCGAAUCCGUCUACAUCAGGCCUUCAGACAAACGAACGAGAGGAAGACAGCAUGAGAAAGAAUGACGAGGAUGCCACCAAAGACAAAGACGGCGAGGGCUCCGUCACGGACUGGGUGUCGGGGGGCCCGAUCGGCUCGAAGGCAGCGGUUCUGGUCUUCCGAUCAUGUGUCCUAGCAUCGAGGACGCCUUCGAUGGAGUCGACUACGAAAACAAUCGGAAACAACACUGGCACUACCAUCCUGUUGAACAAAGCUAAGAAUAUGGCAAGGAGAUUGGUAGCUGAACCGCAUUCGUUCAGUGUCCGGCCGAAGACAAUAAUGCACGAUGUGAUGGAGACGUUUGGGAACAGCAAUAAGUACUCCGGGCAAGCCUAUGUGGUGAGGCACGUCAGCGAGGCCGAGGUCCCGCAGACCGAAUCGGUGGAGGAGCAGGGACACGAGCCGGCGGAACACAAGAGAGACAUCGAAGACGUUUUGAACGAUCUGAGCAAGAUUACGCUGAAGAAACACUUGAAUAUAGAAAAUACGACAGCUAACAUAAAACCUCCAGAGGAACCGCCACCCCCACCCAAAGUUGAAACCAAAGACGAGAAAAAAGGGAAAAAGACCAAAGGAAAAAACAAAAGAAAAAAUACUCAAGUUCAAAGAACACUAUCUCCGUCCUUCGACAGCGAUGACUCUGAGCAUCUACUUGUGAAAGAAGUCGACAAUGUGAAGGUCCUAGACAGCAAUCAAAUGCCAGCCCGCAUGCUGAAGAUCACGUACAAGUUAGUGAAUACAGAAACCAAACUCCUGCACCGGUUGUUGCAAGCUCACGGGCUACAAGAAGCUUGUGCAGAAGAAAAGAACUUCAACCUGUUGUGGUCGGGACUCCAUCCGAAACCUGAUGUGCUGAGGUCUUUGUCUCCAUACCAGAGGGUCAACCAUUUCCCAAGAUCAUACGAGCUGACCCGCAAAGACAAGUUAUUCAAGAACAUCGAAAAAAUGCAGUACUUCCGCGGACUCAAGCACUUCGACUUCAUCCCCACAACAUUCCUGAUGCCUGCUGAGUACAAGGAGCUAUGUUCCACCCACUACCGUACCAAGGGACCCUGGAUUGUGAAGCCUGCUGCUUCGAGUAGGGGCAGAGGGAUCUACAUCGUUAACACACCGGAACAAAUCCCCAAAGGCGAGAACGUGGUAGUAGCCAAGUACAUAGACAAGCCGCUCCUCAUCGGAGGCCACAAGUGUGACCUUCGUCUCUACGUGUGCGUCACCUCCAUAGACCCUCUCCUCAUAUACCUGUACGAAGAGGGCCUGGUCAGAUUCGCCACGGUCAAGUACGACAAGACCAACAAGAACCUGUGGAACCCCUGCAUGCAUCUGUGCAAUUAUAGCAUCAACAAGUACCACACGGAUUACAUCAAGUGUGACGACCCCAACGCAGGCAACAUAGGCCACAAGUGGACGCUCUCAGCACUGCUCCGACACUUGAGGAAGCAAGGACGAAACACCACGGCUCUCAUGGCCGCCAUCGAAGACCUGGUGGUCAAGUCUAUCCUGUCUUCCGCGCAGACCAUCACCGCUGCUGCCAGAGUUUUUGUGCCUAACUUCUUCAACUGCUUCGAACUCUUCGGCUACGACAUCCUAAUAGACGACAUGCUGAAACCUUGGCUGCUAGAGAUCAACUUAUCCCCUAGUUUGGCAUGCGAGAGCCCGUUAGACGCGCGCGUGAAGUCAGCGUUACUGGCUGACACGUUGACGCUGGUGGGUCUACCGGCGCUGCCUACCUGCGCACAGCUCGCUCCACACGCCGCCUCACUCAAGAUGCGCAUCGGCGCUUGUCGCCGCGUCCAUUCAGCAGAAAACGUCUUCGUCCGCGGCAAGAAUCACAGCGGGAGCAACGCAACAGCUCCCGUACCCAACGUGGCUGCGGCCGCUGGGCUUGGAGCCCUAACUGGGGAGGAGCUACGGCUCGUGAGAGCAGUACGGGCGCAGUACGCCAGGAGAGGCGGCUUCGUCAGGAUCUUCCCAAGUCAGAACUCUUGGCAGAAGUACUCGCAGUACUUGGACCCAGUGACGGGCAUCCCGGUGUGCUCGACGUCCCUCAACAACAAUAUCCCGUACCAGGUGGUCCAGCACAACUACAACCUGCUGGUGCACUCGCACGUGCUCCCACACUUCCAGCACGCCACCGUCGCCACCAGCCUCACCGACACCCCGCAGAGACUGAAGCGCUACGAGGCAGUGAGCAUAACAUCGACAGCGCCCGCCAUUUCUCUCGGAGAACCAGCGGCCCAACCACAGCACGACACGCGACGCGCCAAGGAGCUGGUCAAAGCGCAGCUUAGCGACGGCAUGCGGCUCACGUUGGGCGAGACACGUCGCGCAUUCGGUCUGUUCCUAACACACGUGCUGAAGCGCGUGUCGUCGCCCGCCAACGAGCUGGCCGUGCAGCACGCCGCGCUCGUGCUCCGCUUCCUGCGCCGCGCCUCCGCCACGCUCCGCAUGCCUUACAACGUAAAGGUGACGCCAUUGUAGGCAUGCCGCACCGCAACACAUAUUAACACUCCGCGUAUGCCUUGCAUUACAACGUAAAGGUGACGCCAUUGUAGGCAUGCCGCACCGCAACACAUAUUAACACUCCGCGUAUGCCUUGCAUUACAACGUAAAGGUGACGCCAUUGUAGGCAUGCCGCACCGCAACACAUAUUAACACUCCGCGUAUGCCUUGCAUUGCAUUACAACGUAAAGGUGACGCCAUUGUAGGCAUGCCGCACCGCAACACAUAUUAACACUCCCACGCUCCACAUGCCUUACAACGUAAAGGUGACGCCAUUGUAGGCAUGCCGCACCGCAACACAUAUUAACACUCCCGUGCCGCGUAUGCCUUGCCUUACAACGUAAAGGUGACGCCAUUAUAGGCAUGCCCCACCGCAACGCUCCGCAACACAUAUUAACACUCCCGUGCCGCGUAUGCCUUG